CGAAUUCUCGCCAGACGCAAAUUCAUCUGAAUCCCUAACUGCGUUCCUUCUCUCAGAGAGUAAUUUCCAUCAGAAGAAGCGAGAAUGUCUGGCCGGGGAAAGGGCGGAAAGGGAUUGGGGAAGGGCGGCGCGAAGCGGCACAGGAAGGUGCUGCGGGACAACAUCCAAGGCAUCACUAAGCCGGCGAUUCGGCGGUUAGCUCGCCGUGGCGGAGUGAAGCGUAUCAGUGGCCUAAUCUACGAGGAGACUCGCGGUGUGCUGAAGAUUUUCCUAGAGAACGUCAUCCGCGAUGCCGUUACCUAUACCGAGCAUGCUCGCCGCAAGACCGUUACCGCCAUGGACGUCGUCUACGCGCUCAAGAGGCAAGGCCGUACUCUGUACGGAUUCGGUGGUUAGGGAUUUCUAGGGUUAGGGUUUGGGUGAUUAGUAUGGAUUGGUAAAUUUUGAGAUUGACCACAGUUGUCGUGUAGACUCCUAUUUCCUUACAGUUUUCGUGAAUGAAGUGAAAUUUACUCUUCCAUCCAUCAUCAAUUUGCAGUUUCCUUGCUUACACUUUUUGAAAGAUAAUGAUUGAAGCGAGAAUUGUGGUGUCAAAAGCGAUAUGAUUGUGGAAUGCUGUAGGGUGCUUUUGACCGAGUGGCGUGGUUGAGGAAGUAGACCCACCGCUAAGGCCAUCCGCACAGGAUAUCGAGAAAAAGAAGGCGGUGAUUAUGAGGUGGACCGCACGCCUUGAAACCGCCGAUUAACCGGAGGUGGAGCUCCGAUGACUGUAAGGUGAACGCCUCCACCAUUCUCUCUAGCUAUCAAUACAUAUAUAGGAAUGUAGCAAUGCAUGUAUGUAUAGACAUAUAGUAUAUGGUGUAUAGCAUACCAGCUUCUUCGGCCUUUCUCUGAGCUAAUCCACCGUAAUCAAUUAUUUCAUUGGCAUAUGGAGGUUGGGUGCUGCCGCCAUUGAUGCUGAGACUAACAGUUGAGAGCUAGGAAGAGAAGCUAAGGAAUCUGUGACAAUGGCAUCUAUGGAGACGUAAUGCUAUUGAAUGAUACAAAGACAAUUGAAUGAGAAAGUGGGGAGUAGCUGAAUUGGUGAGGAAAACAAGUGAUCAGACAUGAAUGCUGCUCAUCAUACAAGUUUUUGUCAUGCAUAUAAGAAAAACACUGGGCUCAGUUCAGUUCUCUCUCUCUGAAAAGAAGGAGAAGGGAAAGAAGGCUUGAGGGAAGAGAGAAACAAAUGGUAUAGAAUGGAAACGAUGUCGUUUUGUUUUAAUGUAAAAUUGUAUUUUCUUGGUUUUACUCAUAUUAGUAUGUUCUCUUUUCUAGAC